GAGUUGAGCCCGCCUGACCCAAGAGUCGGGUUUGGUUCACUUUACCUCUACCCGACCGCUUCCAGUUUUCCAUAAACCGAUCAGUCUUCUCUCCCGCUUCGCAGCAUUUCCAAUUCUGGAACCCUAGCUCGCCGGAGUCGACUCAUCGAUACCGAAAUAGAGGGAUAGAGAUAGAGUUUUAUUCAUAAUGGAAAGGCUUCACCGCAUUUUCUCUGGCGCUGGAGCGAUGGGUCAUCCGCCCACCGAUUCUCCGCUCCUCGACUCAUCCGAGCAGGUCUACAUCUCAUCGCUUGCUCUUCUCAAGAUGCUUAAGCAUGGCAGGGCGGGGGUGCCCAUGGAGGUGAUGGGGCUUAUGCUCGGAGAAUUCGUGGAUGAAUAUACCGUUCGAGUGGUCGAUGUCUUCGCCAUGCCUCAGAGCGGCACUGGAGUCAGUGUUGAGGCCGUCGAUCACGUCUUCCAGACCAACAUGCUCGAUAUGCUAAAGCAGACCGGAAGGCCUGAAAUGGUGGUAGGUUGGUACCAUUCCCAUCCAGGAUUUGGUUGUUGGCUGUCUGGCGUUGAUAUUAACACCCAGCAGAGCUUUGAAGCCUUGAAUCCGAGAGCUGUUGCUGUUGUGGUCGACCCCAUCCAGAGUGUUAAAGGGAAGGUGGUGAUCGAUGCUUUCCGUUUGAUCAACCCGCAGACCAUGACACUCGGGCAAGAGCCUCGCCAGACCACUUCCAACUUGGGACAUCUCAACAAACCCUCCAUCCAGGCACUCAUACAUGGGCUGAACCGGCACUAUUACUCUAUAGCCAUCAAUUAUCGGAAAAAUGAGCUGGAAGAAAAAAUGCUUCUGAAUCUGCAUAAGAAGAAAUGGACGGAUGGCUUAACGUUGAGACGAUUUGAUGCCCAUUCAAAAACCAAUGAGCAAACGGUGCAGGAGAUGCUAAACUUAGCUAUAAAAUAUAACAAAGCGGUCCAAGAGGAGGAUGAACUGCCGCCGGAGAAAUUGGCCAUUGCGAACGUGGGCAGGCAAGAUGCAAAGAAGCAUUUGGAGGAGCAUGUCUCCAAUCUAAUGUCCUCCAAUAUAGUCCAGACCCUCGGUACUAUGCUUGAUACGGUAGUCUUCUAGUCUUCCUACAUCUCACCUCACCAUUUUGUUUUAUGCUUCUCCGGAAUCAACUCUUAUUGACAGUCUCUCUGUGUAUUGUUUACUUCAUCAGUUGAAUGUCCCCUUUAUAAUUGUUUGGAACUGCUUUAAUUAAUAGUAGAGGAGGAGACGUUAUUCAGGUUACUUGGGUGUGGCUUUCUUUGUAUGAAAGGAGGACUUGUCCGAUGCGCUUUUAAUAGAAUGAAUGUGUUGCGACUGCCUUUUGUUUCA